UUUCGCAAGACAGACUUUGAGCUCGACACAACAGCAUAAGAGAAACUUACGAUUGAGGAAGUUUAUAAUUCGUGUAAUUCAUUCAAAAUGCCACCGAUAAUACCUGACUACGACGACGCAUCUAUGGAUGUAAGAAAAAUGAAAUCUCUCGACGAAAAACUGGCUUUGGAUUUAGCCAAAGACUUGAUACAGUGGAAGAUUGGCAAACGAAAUUUGUUGAACAGUAAAACCGCUUGUUUACUUCGAAAGCUGAGCACACAAAUCGAGCAAAAGCACGAAGCUUUGUUCAAGAAUUUGUGCAAUCGACUUGACUUGAAUGAACGUAAUGUAACAGAAACAUGCGGACAAAUCGCCGAUGAGCUUAUCGGAAAUGAUAUCAACUGGGGCCGUAUCGUUGUGUUGUACACUUUCGGAGCAAAGGUAGCCGAACAUUUUCACGAAAAUGGAACUGAUUUGAGUGACGAGAUUUCAAAAUGGAUUGGAAAUUACAUGGCGAAAAAGUCCGACUGGAUUCGAAAAGCAGGCGGAUGGGAUGCUUUUACUGAACAAUUCAAAGAUGUAAAGGAAGAGAAUGAGAAAUUCUGGUGGAACAGUCUUCUGUGCACAACACUUGGUCUUGGUACACUCGCAGCCAUGUUGUAUGUCAAAAGCUGACCAUAAAWAGGACUACCUUAAAGUAAUAUAUACAGCAAAGUGAUGCCACAGGAACUCUACAUAGAGACCUUUGGCUAUACAGUAUGAACAGAAAAUGGYAUAACCACUACAACUUAAUUCCUGUCUUCCCCUACAAGACAUUAUGGAUACUGUUAUACCAUUUGUAAGAAUUCUGGAUGUUAUGUUUAUCCAGGAAUAUUCCAAGAACAAUAUAAGAUCAAAAUAUUUAUGUUGGCUUCCAAGAAGCUGUUUAUAAAGUACACUUAUAAGGAGUAUGGCCCUAGGCCAAUCAUUGACCAGUAUCUGUUGUCAUGUCAACCAAUAUAUGAAAAAACAUUAUCGAUGACAUCAUCUAGACAUGUAGAAUCAAUAAUUUAUGAACAAAUAUUGUAUAUAUUCUUAUAAGAUUUUUAAUUUCACUGAGGUAUGAGUUCAUGUUGGCCAUUGUAUAAAUAAUAGCAACUAAGGACUAGAGCUAAUAUGCGUGGGAACUUCUUGUACACAUUGACUUGUUGUCAAGUACAACAGCAUGAGUUAGUUAGUGAUCUCAUUGUUUCAUAGCAAUAGUUUUAUCACAWUGCAUAAAUACUUAGGUAUCAAACCUAUUUGUACUUUGACUCUCAAAUGAUAAGCAUCUAGUGAAGACAUGGCAAUAGUAACAGAAAUGUAGAAUUUUUAUUAAUAAUAAAUUUUUAAAAUUUAA